AUGAGCAUACAAAGCCUAAGACGAGGUAUCGGCACCUCUGUUACCAUCACCGAUCCUCUUGUCAGAUACCACGCCCUCCUGGCAACUGGGGUCUACUCCCCGGAUCCGGCCCAGCAUCGCCUCGCCCGCCAUCUCCAGAAGCUCUACCUCCGGCUGAAGGAUUACGAGCCGCCGUCCGAGUAUCGUACUCGGUUGAACGAGCUUACUUCCGCCAUUGACAGGGCGAAGGAUGAGGUGACCGAGGAGCUGGCCGUCAAGAGCCACCCCAUCCGGAACAACCCGCUCUUCGCCAACUUCUUCAGGACUACCGAGGGGCCAGCAGACAGCCUGGCGCUCACCAGAGUCCUCACGAGCCACCAGGCCGCCGUCGAUGUCGACUCACCCAAGGGGCUCUUCCUGUCCGGCGAGGUCGGGACGGGCAAGUCUAUGCUGCUGGAUCUCCUCGCCGACGGCUUGCCCACGAGCAGGAAGAAGCGAUGGCAUUUCAACACGUUCAUGCUCUAUGCCUUUUCCAAGCUGGAGCAGUUUCGCAAGGCCAACCCGCAGCUAUCUCAGCAUGACGCCCAGUACUCCUUGCUGUGGAUGGCCAAGGAGAUGGUCGAGACCUCCCCGAUCCUCUUUCUCGACGAGUUUCAACUGCCAGACCGCGCCGCGAGCAAGCUGCUCAGCCAUCUGUUCAUCGCGUUCUUCCAGCUGGGCGGUGUCCUCAUCGCCUCGUCAAAUCGUAUGCCAGAGGAGCUCGAGAAGGCAACCGGCGUUCAUUACUCUCCGCCUCCCGGCGGCCGCAUCUUUGGCCACCUUAUCGCCAUGGCUCGGCGCUCGAGGGGAGAGCUCUAUGGUCAGACGAGUGACUUUGCAGCCUUCCUUGAUGUGCUGAAAGCCAGAUGUGACUUUUGGCAGAUGGAAGGCGCCCGGGACUGGCGAAGGCGAGACGAGAACAGUCCAUUGCUCCUCAGCAAGUCAAAGGCGGGGCCUGAGACGAGCGCCGGCAUUGGGAGUGGUGGCGUUGCUGGAUCAACAACCACCGAGCCUCUCAUCUUGGAGGAGGACGUCACGGAGAAUGAAGAAGAUGAAGCGAAACGGCCGCUCAAAUACCUCACACACGAGGACGGGGAACAAGCAUGGCACGACGCACUCACAGGAAGCCUCGACGGGGCCAAACACACGGUAGUCCCAUGGGAACCGGCCAAACUCGUGGUCUACGGACGAUAUGUCACUAUCCCAAGGCAACACAACGGGACUGCGUACUGGGACUUUUCUAAUCUAGUCCACUCCUUCGGGCCGGCCGACUACGUGACCCUGGCCUCGACAUUUCAUACCUUCAUCGUAGACCAGAUACCGGUGCUGGACAUGUCGAUGAAGAACGAGGCGCGGCGCUUCAUCACGUUUCUAGAUGCAGUCUACGAAGCCCGCUGCAAGCUGAUACUCAGAGCAGCAGCGGGCCCAGACGACCUCUUCUUCCCCGAAACCAGGACCUCAGCUUCCAAAGCGCCAGCCGUCACCAACCAAUCCGGCACGCGAUUCGAAGAAGACCCAGCAGAAGGCGACGACGCGACCUACUCGGAAACCAUCUCCGAAGUCUACCAGGACCAGAUGUCGCCCUUCCGCCCCAACAUCUCGACCUACGCCGACGACUCGCGCAACGCCAAGUACGACCCGGACCAGGACUCGGACUUUAAGCUCGACCACGGCAACGCCGACGGCAACGCGAGUGCGAGCACGGCCGCGGCGGUCAACUUUAGCAACGCGUCGGCCUUCACGGGCGAGGACGAGCGGUUCGCGUACAAGCGCGCGACGAGCCGCCUGUGGGAGCUGUGCAGCGCGCACUGGCACGCGCGCGGGGGCGAGGACUGGUGGCGGCCGCUGCCCGCCGAGGCGCGGCACUGGGAAGGGUCGGCGCCGUCCGUGCCCCUGGCCGAUGCCAAGAUCCAGCCCGUGCCGAGCGACGUCUCGUUCGGCCCGUCCGUCGAGCUCGAGGAGCCGGCCGGCUUGGAGCGGUUCAAGUUGGCGGCCAUGAGAGGGGGCCGGCGGUGA